AUGGUAAAGCGCAGCAAGUUACUCCAGGCUCUCGAUGCCCACAAGGGCCGCGAUUUCGACGCCGAGAAGCAGAAGAAAUUGAUCAAGGCCGCCGAAAAGAAGAAGGCUAAGAAGGCUGCUGUUGCCGCCCCCGAGGACAAGAUCAUUGAGGAGGAGAAGGAGGAGAAGGAAGAAGAGGAAGAGGUCGACCAGGACGAGGAGAUGGAAGAUGAGGAGGAAGAGGAAGAGGAAGAGGAAGAAGAUAUCCCACUCUCCGAUCUCGAAGAAGAUGAGCGCGAGGAUGUGGUUCCUCACCAGCGUUUGACGAUCAACAACUCUGCCGCUAUCCUCUCCGCCCUCAAGCGCAUUUCCUUCAUCGGCCCCAACACUCCAUUCUCAGAGCACAACUCCCUAGUCUCGAAAGAGCCCAUCGAGAUCGAAGACGUCCAUGACGAUCUGAACCGUGAAUUGGCCUUCUACAAGGUCUGCCAGGCUGCUGCUACACAGGCCCGUGGUCUGCUGAAGAAGGAGGGCAUUCCCUUCACGCGGCCGGGCGAUUACUUCGCGGAGAUGGUGAAGAACGACGAGCACAUGAACUUGAUCAAGAAGAAGCUUUACGAAGAGGCUGCCUCAAAGAAGGCUUCUGCUGAGGCGCGCCGCCAGCGUGAUCUGAAGAAGUUCGGCAAGCAGGUCCAGAACUCCAAGUUGCAGCAGAGACACAAGGAGAAGCGUGAGAUGUUGGAGAAGAUCAACACCUUGAAGAAGAAGCGCAAGGCUGACGGCUCUGCCCCUACCGACGACUCCAAUGAUAUGUUCGACAUUGCCAUUGACGAGGCUAGCCAGCCCGAGAAGAAGCGUAGCCGUGGUGAUGGUCCCGGUAACUCGAAGCGCCAGAAGAAGGAUGCCAAGUUCGGAUUCGGAGGCAAGAAGCGCCAUGCUAAGAGCGGUGAUGCCAAGUCCAGCGGUGACCUGAGCAACUUCUCCGCUAAGAAGAUGAAGGCUGGCGCAAAGCGACCCGGCAAGAGCAAGAGAGUCCAAGCCAAGGGACGCAACUAA